CCACCAUUUCCCCUACUCCUUACAUUUUAUUUUUGUCUUCCGUUUCUCAACAUUCUGUCCCUUCUUGAAUAUUUUUCUCUUUCUAAGUUUAUGUACUGAAAUCUUUCCUUUUCUUGUCACUUAAUCUUGAAUAUUUGUUAAAGACAAUCAGCUACUGUUGAGCUGUAUCUUCUACAAUUCACAAGUGAAUAGUUCUUUUAUUGUGGGUAAUUUUGUAUAUUUUACCGAAUUUAUUAUCGAAAUUUGAUUUUUCUGCCUUCUUUAUUACAGUCUUUUAGCCGCACUGUUGUUUUAAUUCUCUUGAUAUAACUUCGAAAAAGCCCAAUUUAUUUUCUCAUCCAUGUAUUUAGCUUUGGAUUUCUGCCCUUUUGCAUAUAAUUGAUUCGAUUUGCUGAACAAGCAAUGCCCAUUUAAGAAUCAAUAUUUUACUUUUAUUUUUGUUGUGGAAAAUUUGUGUGGUUAUUCUGUUUAGUAUGAUUAAAUGGUAGGCACAAAUGUCAGUUGCCUGCUGUAUUCCAGUUGUUGAAUGUGUGUCCUGUUUAGCUUGUGUUCGAUGGUUGUGGAAGAAAUUUCUGUACGCUGCUGGCAGCGAAAGUGAGAAUUGGGGCCUUGCAACUGCUAGUGAAUUCAUAACCGUACCCCGGAUUUGUAGAUAUAUUCUAUCGGUGUAUGAAGAUGAUGUUAGAAACCCUUUGUGGGCUCCCCCGGGAGGGUAUGGAAUUGAACCAGAUUGGAUGAUAUCGAAAAAAGAUCAUGGAGAUACUCAAGGGAGAGUAUCUCCUUACAUGAUCUAUCUUGAUCAUGAGAAUAGAGAUGUAGUUGUAGCAAUUAGGGGACUUGAUUUGGCGAAAGAAAGUGAUUUUUUACUCUUACUUGAUAACAAACUAGGGCAGACAAAAUUUGAUGGUGGUUAUGUUCACAAUGGAUUGCUGAAGGCAGCUCAAUAUGUUUUUGAAGAAGAAUGCGAGAUUAUUAGGGAGCUUCUUGAAAGGAAUCCAGAUUAUACGUUGACAUUUGCGGGCCAUUCACUUGGUGCAGGAGUAGUAACAUUGUUAACAAUGUUGUCAUUGAAGAAUAGGGAAAAGUUGGGAAACAUUGAUAGAAAAAGGAUCAGGUGCUUCGCAAUUGCUCCUACUAGGUGUAUAUCGCUAAACUUGGCAGUACGAUAUGCAGAUGUGAUCAAUUCUAUUGUUCUGCAGGAUGAUUUCUUACCCCGGACAACAGUAGCACUGGAAACUGUUUACAAAUCACUUUUCUGGUAAAAGGUUUCAGUUUCCCAUGCUUGAUGUGCAUAAUGUGCUUGAAAGAUACAUGCACACUGGAGGAGAAGAUGCUCCAGGAUCCACGGCGCCUGUAUGCACCUGGUCGCC